AAAGUCAAUUUUACUACAGUACAGCCUAGACCUAAUGUUUUCAGUUUUCUUGUUGUAUUGAUAAUUAGAAAGGUUAUUCAGUUUAUCCUAGCUUGCUACAUAUAUAUUUAUCUAUGGUUUAUCCACCCUGAGAUGUAUACUACCUUAUUGCAAUAUCAUUAAAGAAUAUAUUUAACUUAUGUAUUUUACGUUAGGAUUAGGCUGCAACUACAACUCAAUUAGAAUACUUACAUUUUGUUUGUAGUUGUUUCUGAGAAACUACAUUAAUUAAAAAAUGAUUGAUAUAAAUAGCAAAAUAAACUCUUUUUUUAUUUUUAACUCUACCUUCGGUCCUAAAGAAGGAGAAGAAUUAAAAAGGAUAUUAUUUUUCCAUCCAAACCAAGUGACCGCAGAUGCGAGAAAAAUACAGGUCGGUUUAUGUGAAGCUGUUGUAAAAUUUAUGUCAACCUUUUCCUCCGAACCUUGUGAAGCUCUGCAAACUCAGACAAAGAGAUAUAUAUUUUUCCAGCCUGAAAAAAAUUAUUGGAUGGUGUUGGUAAUACUAAUUUUCACGCUACACAGUAUACAUAUAUAAAAAAAAAUUCUUAUUUUUUAUUAUUUUAGGUUGUCAGAUUGCCAUAUCCAACUAAAUCAAUGUCAUCAAUUGCAGAGAAAAGAGGAGAUAUGAUCCAACCCGUAAUGAUGCAAAAUUUACUUGUGACUGCAUACAAAAUGUUCAGGAUGUUUGUAGGCUUAUUCUCUGAUAUUCCUGCAGAAGAUAUCUAUACUAAAUGUCAACAGUUUUUUACUCCUGUAAGUUGUUGACUGUGAACAUUUUCAUGAUAUUUUAUUCAUUAUUAUACAAUACAAUAUAUUAUAUAAUACAAAAUAAAUUAUAAUUUUUAAUUUCAGUACAUACUCUCAAGAAACAUCACAAAUGAUGUAACAAAUGUUAUUCAAGGCAUCAACUACCUACCACUGGAAAAGAAUUCAUUUUUCAAAGUGGUCUGCUUUAUAGAUCUUUUAGAAAUAAAUUACUCUGAUUUUAAAUGUAUUGCAUUUAUUUACAAUGAACAACUCAUUUGGAAUGGACUUUCAACAGAUGAUAUGCUGACACUGUACCAGUAUUUAGUACAAAGUUUGCUUCCAAAACAAGUGGAAAAAGAGAUCCAAGGAGGUGCUGUUACAGCUGCACAAAGACAUGGUCGUUUCAUCAGCCCUCCUGAUGGCAUUCACACACUUGACGACAUUCAGAAACUUGUCAAAGUAUACUUGAAGUUAGAAGAUGAUACAGAAACUAAACAAUAUUAUUUAAUCAUAUACAGAACUCUGAGUGCAACUAUCUGUUUAACUGUAGAUGGUGAGUAUAAUACAAGUUUGAUAUAUCUACCUAAAUCUAUUAUCUCAUGCUAUUACGGACAGAGAUUUAUAUUUUAGUAAGCAGUACCAAAAUGAUUGGCUAAAUUCAACAUUUUACGCAAUAAACAGAAAAUGCACAUACCAUUUUUUUUUAAAUUAACAUAAAAUAUGUAAAUUUAACAAAAUGGUAUAAUCCUGGCUCUUUGAUCAAUGAUAUCAUUGGCAUGGAGCAUAUACCACAUUUAGUAUUUACACAUAUUAUAGACAAAUAUCGAAUACAAUGUCAUGGAUGAAAUACCACAGAACACUAGUGUUAAAUAGCAGCUUAAUGCUGCUGUUUCAUAUGGUAAGUGUAGAGAAUAGCAGACCCUAUUUACUGGAAAUUAAGUGUUUCAUCUUAGUUCUCAAGGGUGACAACACUUUUAUUGACCCAAUUAUAACACAAAGUACAUUGCAUAAUGUAUCAUAUCCUUAUUCUGUAUAAUAGAUAUAUUGUCUUAUGUUUAUAUCAACAUUAUACCUAAUUAAGGAUAUUUUCAGCAAAGAAGACAUUGGAAUUAGAAACAUUUAGGUCUCUUGAUGCUUUUAUUGGUCCUCAGUUAUACAAUAUUGCAUCAACUGUAAGUGAACAAUGCACAGUACAUGCCUUGCAAAAUGCACAACUGGCCAACACAGAAAAUAAAUUUAUAUAUUUCAAUAGAUUAAAUUUGGCUUUUAAAACAUCAGUAAGUAAUAUUUUUAUUUGUUGCUUUGCUUUAAGCAUUUUUAAUAGUUUUUUUUCUAUUCAAUUUUUACCUUAUAACUGAAAAAAUAUUUGCUCCAAUGUGAAACCAGUUUUUAAUUAGAAAAAUUAAAAAAUUUUAGGCACCAAUAAAUACUUUAACUCCAUCAGCAGCUAUUAAACCAGAGGUUUUGACUAUAAUUGCAGAAUUACAUUCAGAUAGAAAAAGGUAAAAAAAUCAUUACAAAAUAAAGACUAUUUUUCAAAAUAGUGAAUAUAACUUCCACGUUAUUUACAGCCUAGGCAAUUAUGGUGAAAUCAUUAUUAAAACCUUAGAUGAAUAUUGGAUUACUGGAAAAUCAUCAAAUGAAAGAGAAUUCUAUGUAGUUAUACAAAAGAAAAAUGCUAAUAUAAUUGAAGUAGCAGAAGAAGUGAAACAAAUAUGUGAAGCACAAAUGAAAGGCAUUUUCUUUUAUCCCAUAUGAAGAUGUAGUAAACUAGAAGAUACAUAAAUAAUAACAAAUUAAAAUAUACUAAGUAAUUUAUUUGUUAUAUUAUUACAUAUUAUUAAAUUAGAAUUAUCUAC